AUGGCACUCCUUACUCUACCCCCAGAACUUUACUUUGAACUUGCUGCUUUCCUCGAGGCGAAAGACCUUUUCAAGUUGCUUCACACUAGCAAGCAAGUCUACCCUAUCAUCGAAUACAUUUUAUACUAUCGGGAUACAAAAAGCAACAGCCCAGUUAGCCUCCUCUGGGCGGUAAGAAAGGGAAUGAUAAACACGGCCAGGAAAGCCCUCCGUGCUCUGGGGUGUGAGCGUAUUUCCCACGACCUACAGUCUAAAUACACAAUCGGAUUGAUACUAAACGAAGCUCUUUGCCUCGCGGCAUCGGGGGGACACACACAUAUCGUUCAACUCAUUCUCGACGAGGGCGCUGAUGCUAGUGCACAAAGAGGAGGGCGCGCAACAGCUCUACAACUAGCAGUAUUGCAUCGCCACAAGGAGAUUAUCAACCUUAUCCUCGCUGCCUCUAGUUAG